CCUCGGAAGCGGGUGCACAUGCCUCCUCUCGCUCUGGAUUUUAUCACUGAAAUCUCCCCGAAAUGCAGCACAGGAACGGAUUUUUGCUGCUGCUCUUGUUCAGCUUGCCGGUGUCCAUGAUCCUGUGGCUCAUCAAUGCCUUUUUGUCCACCACGAUAGGAGUGGAAGUGAUUGAGCCGAGCAGAUGGUUGGGCGCGACUCUGGUUCCGCUGCUCGUGGCCUGGUGGGGCCUCGCUCGCCGCUCCCUUUCCUUCAGCGGCGCCGUCUGCGGUCUGGUGGUGGGCUUCAUCCUGACGCUGAGCAGCUACGUCUAUCUGGUGGACCUGAUGGUCUUCUUCGUCACCUCCUCGAGAGCCACCAAGUACAAGUCGGCAAGCAAGCGCAAGCUGGAGGAGAACUUCAAAGAGGGAGGUGAACGAAACUGGGUACAAGUGGUUUGCAAUGGCGGUGUUGCAAGCUUACUGGCCUGGCUCUUCAUCGUGGACUGUGGGUGCGGAGAAAACCCAGUAGACCUCGUUUACAAGUACCGCUGCUCCUGGCUUAGCGUUGCCAUUCUCGGUGCACUGGCAUGCUGCAAUGGUGACACGUGGGCCUCUGAGCUGGGGGCAGUCAUGAGUUCCGGAGAACCUGUACUUAUUACGUCUCUUCAGCCCGUGCCACGAGGAACAAAUGGAGCUGUGAGCACCUCGGGGAUCAUCAUGAGCCUCUUGGGAGGACUUGUAGUGGGCAUCGGGCACUACCUAACACUUCUGAUGUUUGUGUCGAGUCCCGUUAUGAUCUCGGCACCGGCCCAGUGGCCCAUAAUCUUCGUAGGGGCAGUUGGAGGACUUCUUGGUAGUCUUAUUGAUUCUGUGAUCGGUGCUACUAUGCAGUUCUCAGGUAUGAAACUAGGUAUGGACUCCAAUGGAAAGAUUGUUGAGCGACCUGGAGAUGGAGUAAUACCAAUAUCAGGUACAUACAUCUUGGACAACCAUGCGGUCAACCUCAUAAGCUCUCUCCUAACUGCUCUCCUGCUCCCAAGGAUUGCCCUUGUGAUCAUGUAGAGAGAAAUAACUCACAAAAUAAUGUUGAUCUGAUUAGUUUAAAGAACAUCCGUAGAUUUUUUUUUUUUUUCCUUCAUUCAUACAUGAACAAAUUUCUAUCUUGGCAGCUCUUACGUAGAGGUGCAAGAUUAGGGUGACUAGGUAUAUUUUUGAAAUUCCUGUUGAGGAUAUCUACUGUGACUGUGAUAAGGGCAGCAUCUUAUGAAUGUGCUUGGUUGACUGAAGUUUGAGAGGACCUUGCUGUGGAAGUGAAUCCCUUUUCGUUAUGUAUGCUUUGGCCAGUGUUGUAGGAGGGACACUUUCCGCAUUCAAAACACUCUUUGGAAGGAGAAAAAGUGUUUCUCUCAUUUACAGUGGUUGUUUUCUUAUUUUCAGGUGCUAAAGUGGGCAUUUGGUAGUUCUCUCGUCCUGUUUGCAUAGAUGAUAAUGCCUCUUUUCAGAUUGAUUUCACUGUGUGUAUGUUACUACUGCGUGUGAAAUAAAAUAGAGGUGCUUGAUAGUUGUUAUGCUGUAUAUAAACUAGAAGAUUUUGUGAAGAAAAGGACUGUUAUUAUUAGGUUUGGAAUUUUGGAUACUGUACUUAUAUAUUUUGUUGUUGUUGUUGAUGUUUUUAUAUACUUAUUUAUUUAUUAUUUAGUUAGUUUUGAGUAUUAUUAUUACAACUAUUAUUAUUAAUAUGUAUUAUUAUUAUUAUUAUUGUCACUGGCACUGAUUCUCUGUAGAAAUCAGUUAAUAAUGAAUGGACAAGUAUAAUAUGUUCUCUAUGAUUUGAAAACAAUAUGAAAGUGAGAGAGAAAGCUUUGGGAAAAAGGAGGAUAUGGUAUAAGUGUAUUUUGUUUAUUUCUUGAAGGGAGAUAAAUUAGGUUAAUUGUUAUUUGACAGAGAAAGAAUAGUCAAAGAAAAUAGUUUGUUGUUUAUCAAUCAAAUAUGUCCUUAGUUAUUCAAAGGGGAGAAUAUAGGCUGUUCUUUGCUGUUGAACAAAACUGAUUAUUAUUAUUAUUCAUGGACGAAAAAAUAGUGUAAUACCUGUUCAAGGAAGAUAAAAUAGUCUGUUAUUUGUUAAUUGAGAAGUAGGAUAGAAAAGGAUUGAUAUGUUCAUCAAAGAGUAUCUAGGAGGUGCAGAAGCAAAUCAAAAUUAUCAAUAUAUAACAGGCAUACAUCAGUUGAUGGAUAAUUGAUUAAUUAUAAGGGCUUGCAUUUUCCCUCCCAAGCAUUUAUACAAGAUCCCGUAUCGCUGAUUAUGAUAACUGUGAUAAUUGGUGUGUCCUCUGAGUGAUUUUGCUCUUUGUGAUUAGCGCUGUACUGUGGAGAGCAUACCCAUGCUAUGCUCAGCCUUUGUAAACAGAUGAAUGUUUUAGAUAUGUUCUACUUGUGUUUUGCUAGCUGUGAAGUGUCUGGACAGUAUCUUGGGAUUCUGUGACAGUAUUAAUAGUGUAGCAUAAGUGAGCUUACCAAUGCUAAGGGCAAAAGGCAAAGGGCAAGUGAGCAUUUAAUCAUUUCUUAGCCAUUAUUCUUCCUUUUGCAUUUCUAUUUACUUCAUUUUCUAUUUAUUAAGUCAUGUUUUUUAUGUUUUUGUUGAAGCAAUUCUUACAAGUAGAUGCAUUUGAGCUUCAGAGGCUCUUUUUAUGAAUCUGUUAUUAUCAAGUGGCAUGAAAUGCAGCCCUCUUUACUCUGUUAUAAUGUCAUUGCAUAAUCAUUCACUUUGGGGUCCUUUUUUGGGGAGUGUGACCAGAUUGUAUUGCUGGGAUUGCCUUUAUUGUAUUGGUUGUCAGUACUUAGGUUUCACAAUGCAAUUAUGAAAUGUUUGUAGCUUAUAUUGCUGUUAUAUACUUGUGAUUUUUAAAAUGUUUUCUAACAGCUUGUAAAAGAUAUGUAUAAUGUAGGUACAAGAUGGAAGAGUGAAUGACUUAAGAUUGGAGGAGUGUGUGUAGUAAUAUAUAACACACACACACACUCGCACUCACACUCACACUCACACUCACACUCACACUCACACUCACACUCACACUCACACUCACACUCACACUCACACAUACAAAACACACACACACACUUACAUAUAUAAUAUUAGGUACAUAUCUCUUGAUUUUUAUUAGAGGAUGCAAGGCUCUCUUUGGCGACAUGGUAGCCAAUAGCAAAUUUUUUUCUUGUUAUUCGUCAAAUAAGGGAUGAUAUUCCUGGACAUUGAGCAGUAGAGUUGCAGGUCCCAAUUUUUUUUGUUGACAUUUUUGUUGGGAUAGUGGGUUGGGUGUAUGCCGCUGAUUUGCCAGGGUACAUUUGUAUGUAAUUGAUACAAAGCACAUUUUGAAAACGACUGCACUUACCUUCUUUAGGUUGAAAUAUAUAUACACAUAUAUAUAUAUAUAUAUAUAUAUACUGUAUAUCUCAAGAAAGUUUAAUGCUUUAUAUAAGUAUGUGCAUUACUGACCCAUUGCAAUUAUAUCUGACAAUAUUGUGUGUUCCAUUUUGUAACUGAAUACAAAGAAAUGAAAUAUAUUUAUAUUUUUGGUUGAA